AGCUCUGUGUUGGUAUAAAAGAAACCAAGUAAGAGUCAUCGUCCCAGUCAGUUUAGGAGACUCCACCAUGAAGGUUGUGUUGUUGAUGCUCGCUACCAUCGCCGCCGUCAGCGGCCAGACGGAACCAUGGUGUCGCUGUGCUGCUUUCGUCACGUAUGAAUACUAUGAAAUUAUGGUGCAUGAGGAACCUGAAAUCCCCAUUGAUUCUUGUGAUGCCAAUGGAGCCCUUCAGUGUAAGACUACCUGCGCUGAUAAUUUGGACACACUUAGUGACAACGGCAACCUGUGGAAGUUGAUGGACAGCGGCUUGACUAUUGGCCAGGAUAUAUGCAGCGAAUUAGCAGACCACUUCACGUUCUUUCUCUACAACCACAAAGUGUACGGCUACUUUGAGGUGUGUGGAGGCGCCUGGCAGUACGCUGGUAUUGCGUCGCAGCAGAAACUGUGUUGUGAGGGCGGCAAACAACACCACUGUAUUGACUAAUUGGUGUCAUCCAACGCUGGCGUGGCAGUGAGAAGUGAUACCACCCUCAGUGUCAAGACCUGACUGAAUUACUCAGAAUAGGCAAACUGUACUCCAAGCUUUGUCAAUAAAUUUGUUAAACUAAAAAAAACCGCUGAGUUUUCUUCAGAACGAGAUUAUUAUUACAAAACUGUAUAAUAAUAUACCAAUAAAACUAUGUUGUAA